AUGUUGGAGGGUCGUAACGAAACUUCUCCUACCAAUUCGGAUACUAUUAUUCGUCCUGAUGAUUGCGUGAAUUCGGAGAAUAACAACAAUCAUAGUAUUGAUAAUUCUGUUGCUGAUUGCAAAAAUGGUUUAUCAUCGACAAAAAUUUCUAAUCCUUCUACAUCAUGUCCUACAACGAUCAUCGUCGAUGAGAAAAAGGAAGUGGACAGUGCGAAUAAUAUGUUAAAUUUGAAUAACAUUGGUGAAUACUCGGUAGAAAUGCUAGCGCGAUUGACAUCUUCAACAAUGACCAUCCUUGCAAAUCAUCAUUCCGGUAAUAACAUGAAAAAUGGUACAACAAAGAAACAGAAAUCGCAAAAAUUCAAACCAUCAAGUGUUUGGAAGCAUUUUGUGCGCUUAUCUGACGGUAAUGUACGUUGCGUCCAUUGCGCAAAAGUUUUAAAACGAAAAGAUAGUUCAACGAAGACGAUGUGGGGUCAUUUACGAGCGAUACAUUUCAAGGGGCAAGAUUGGACUGUUUUACAACAGCGUGCUCUACGAGAUCGUAAUCGACCUCAAACAAAUCGAAUAGAUGUACCAUCUCUGGAUGAAUUAAAUUCAAGUGGAAUUAUUACAACUCAAAAUUGGCUUGAGCAACGGGUCGGUAUCCUGUGUGAUAAACCACAGGAAGCUCAAACGCCAACCAGCGAAAUGACUGGACAAUUGGACGAAUUAUCAACGGAUUGGAGUAAUCGUUCGUCAUCACUGGUUUCAAACAGCUGUACAACAAAUUCAAAAAAUAUUGAUCAAAAUACAAUUAAUGAUUGUACUUAUAAUGGUAAUGGUUUAAAUACGACAUGUGCGCAAUCAUCAGAUCGCAACACCGAUGAGAAAUCACUUAACUUUUUAUCAUCUAUACCACAUACAUCAGAAGUUAUCAAUAUAACUGCUGGUUACAAUGGAAGUACUGACAAUCAUUGUUCAGCACUUAGUGGAAGGUUAAAAGAAGAGAAUAGUAAUGGUGGCUAUAGCAGUGCUGAUAUAUCUUCAGCAGCAUUGAAUGUUUCAAAUUCUCUGAUUUCACCUGCUCAAAAUCAUGUAAAUGUUACUGAUCAAUCGAUUUCGUCGAUCAAUUCAGCGUUAUUACAUAUCUUUGAUUCAUUUUCGAUAUUUGAUCCUGAUUCAAUGGUAAUAUUUAUGCGAGCGGCUACUGAUUUAGAUUGUACAUUAUCAUUUCAUUGUCGUAACAAUCAACCUCAACUAUCCUUCGAAUCAAAUCGUACUGCUGCAAACAAAUUAAAAGGUGUGGAAGUAUGCUUGACUGAAAUGGACGAUGAAGUGAAUAUUGUAGUGCAAAAUGAUGGAAUAGAACUUGAUAGAGAAUCUUGGAAAAAAACGGAUAAAGCACAGUUCAUGUGGGCAAUUCGUGGAAAAUGUCAGAAAGUUCUGACUCAGUAA